AUGACUUGUCGGGCUCUGCGGCGUGCGGGCUUGGUGCUGGGCCUUCUGAGUGGGCCACUGGUCUUCAUUGGCACCCCGUCCCUUCAGCGCCCCGGGCGCCUCACCAGGAAGGCUGUGCGCCUGCCGGGGCUCUGCGUCUUCGAUCUGGAUGCGUGCCUCUGGGACAAGGAGAUGUACGAGAUGGAGGCGAUCCCCAAGCCCGAGGAUGCCGUGAGGGGCGACCUACUUGGCCGGGGGGACGGCGUGCGUGGCGUCAUGAGCGGCACGGAGAAGAUCUCUCUGCACAAAGGAGCCUUGAAGGCCUUGCAGAACCACGCAGAUGGCGCAUACCCCGGCAUGCGAAUUGCGGUGGCCAGCAGCGCGGACACGCCCUUCGCAGAGCGGGUCGGCCGGAAGGCGCUGUCCAUGUUGGAGGUGCUGCCGGGGCUGACGGUGUGGCAGAUGCUGCUGCAAGAUUGGCAGGGCGAGGACGUGAACCAGAUUGGCCGGCAACCGCCCUUGUCUCCCAACAAGGCGCAGACCCACUUCCCGCGCCUCAAGGCCGCCACCGGCGUGCCCUACGACGAGAUGCUGUUCUUCGACGACUGCCUUUGGGGCGACCACUGCGGCAUGGUCUCGGAGUUCUGCAAAGAGGCCAGCGGCAAAGGCGUGGUGGCGGUGAGGACACCGGACGGGCUGCAGGAGAGGCACUGGGAUCAUGGCCUCAGGAAGUUCGCACAGCGGUGA